GAACGUCGACCGCCGUGCGUGACGUACGUGUCCCUCGUUGACUAAAACGCGCCCGCGACUAGUGACUGUGAGUGAUGUGUUGACACAGAGCUUUUAUUGUGAAGUGUUUGUGAAACGUUUUUAAACUGGAGAAGGAUAAUUUACUUUGGAGCACCAUGCUCACAUCUAGUAAUCAGUACCUGCGGCCGGAUUAUUUGUCGCCUUUACCGACAACGCUCGACGCAAAAAAGAGCCCGCUGGCGUUACUAGCGCAGACCUGCAGUGCAAUUGGUGCUGAUACGCCGAACCCGAAGCUCAUAUCCGCUGCCGAAAAAGCGAGUAAGAAAUACGAAGAUAAACCGAUGCAUGUCGAUAACAAACCAAGUUUUAAGCCUUACGAGUCGUGCCUAACUUCGAGAGAAAAGACUAGAACGCCGGAAGAUCGAGCUUCAUCUGCUAACGCGCAGUCUAAAACUCCGUCGUCAAAGGGUAGUGCUUCGACGACACCCAUUCAAGCGCGAUGCAAUAGUAACCAAAGCUCGUCGUCUCAAAGAACAUCGCCACCAGCGCAUCGUAAAACACCCUCGGAGAAAUCUGAUGAAAGAACGAGUCCUUUACACUCACCGGCUCAGACCAAAUCGAAUUCGGAUUCAUCUAGCUUAUCGUCCAAGUUACCAUACCCUCCGAGCAGUAUGCCGUCCUCAGAUACCAAAGAACCUUCAAGUUUCAAACCCAGCGUACCUGUCUCUUCAUCAGCUUUCCUGGGCGGACUACCACCAACUGGAUUUCCUUUACAUAUGGACCUAAUGGCGAGCAGCCUUAUGGCGGCUCAACACCACGCCUUGAAAAAUGGAUUGAACCCGUAUCUAUCGUAUGCGAGAAUGAAAGCACCCGGUAGUGAUUUGGGAAUUUGUAGAGAUCCUUACUGUACUGGAUGUUCACUCAGCUCCCAUUUGCUCAAAUCCGCCGUAUGUCCAGCGGGAUGUGCUCAGUGCGAUCACGCUAAGACACCGUUCACUCUACCAGCAGGACACCCUGCUGCAGCAGCCUAUGCCCACGCUCAAUUGGCCGCUUUAGCUGCAGCGUCACAGCUACCUUUCGUAUGCAGCUGGAUGGCCGGAGACUCGGCGUACUGCGGCAAACGGUUCGCAACAUCAGAUGAACUGCUUCAACAUUUAAGAUCACACACGGCUAGCGGUGAAUCGAGUCCGAGUUUGUCAAUGCUUAGUGCAACUCAUCCUCUUCUCCAAAGGACGUAUCCGACGCCGCCGUUGUCACCGCUAACACCGCGGUUCCAUCCUUACAGCAAGCCAUCACACUUGGUGUCAUCUCCGCCUCUACCGUUCCCUUUGCCGCCGCAUCCGUCCCUAGCGGCUUACUUUCCUUCGUACCCGUUGUUCGGACCGAGGCCGCUACACCCGUGAGGACCGUCGGCGCUCCACGCACACAAGAAAGGGGGCGCCGACCACUAACGCCCAUGCCAAAAGGACAUUUGGAACUGAAGAAAGUGUACAUAUAAAGUAGUGUUCUUCUAGUUUCUAGUCGGCUCAUAUCAUCGACGGACUUGAACCCCAGCGGGGUACGAAAGCUGUGAUCUCUAACUUGUAAUAUUCGUGUUGUUAUAGUGCACUGACUGUGAGCCCGCUGCUAUCGCUUCGUCCCGCGAGCGCGGUUAUAAUUUUCUAGUUAGACUAACUGAAUUUUUAUGUACCAAAUCUAUAGUAACGUAAUUAAAUUAGUUUAAGUUGUUGCGAUUAAUUAGUGAGGAUUGUUAAUUGUGUUUGUAUUUCUUAAUCGAUGUAUCACGAAUAAUAUUUUGCAAAAAAAUCACAUAUCUCAUAAUAGUAUACGCUUGAAAAUGUGAAUGUUAAUAUUGACUUAAUGUUUUUUUUUUUCUGCACACACUUAAAUGUGAUAAAAUUUCGAUUAGGGGGAAGCCGCACAGUGCCGAACACGUAAGCUAAUGUUUAAAAAAACAACGGAAUUUAUACGCGAUUAUUCGAUAUUAUAAGCUACAUAACAAUCAAAGAAAUUUGUAGAGAUCAACAAAGGAUCAAGAGAAUAUAAAUCCAAAGCUUAUCAUUGCCGUUAAUUUUUGAUUUAUUAUAAUGCGGCACCUAGUACCGAACAAAGUUAUAAAAUGGUACAUAUGACCAAAUGCACAUAAUAAAGGUGACAUAUUUCACAAAUGCACCCUGGAAUAUCAGCGCACGUCUCGUGAGCAUAUUCCUUACAUGAAUUGCACUUAAUCCAGUCCUCGUCAUGACUUCCUAAGCAAACAACGCAAUGUGUCUCUAAGGUUGCGCAGAUUUUGUAUGUUGUUGACGAUUUUCUCGUAAUGUUUUAUUUUCUUAUCUGUCUUCUUAAAUGCACCGCAAUGUAACUCCUUUUCUUCUUUUUUCUUUUUCUCGUUUUCUUUUAUUUAAUUUUAAUGCAGCCUUUAACACAGUUUAAUAUUACAUAAAAGUGUAAAAAUAAUUGUUCGGCAAUAGGGAAAAAUGCACUGUUCGGUACUAGGGAUUCAUAGAACAUAACUGAAAUGGAAAUAACCUUAAAUAUAUUCAUGUAAUACAAGUUUUAAGGACUAAAUGUUAAAAUACUUACCAAACAAAAUUCAAAUUCUUUUAGAAAUCUUGUAAAUCUUGCAUCAACCAGUAUUUUUUAGCAUACACGUGGCGUGCCGAUCCCGCGCAAAAAAAAAAAGAUUUUUCUCUCAUGGCCUGUUCGAGAAGGCCUAACUGCUGCUGCAUCACUCGUCAACUAAGUAGCGCUGCCUGUUUCUUUUUCACGGAAAAUUCCUUUUUUUUUUUGUUCGUCAUUUUGUCUUAGAUUUCAUAUUCGUUCGGUACUACCGUCCGUUCGGCGUUAGCGACUUCCCCUACCAACUGAAAUCACAAUGUAUUUCAUUAAUGCUUUCGAUCGGCACAGUGUCUCUUGAACAGAAAUGUUAAUAAAACAUUAUGGGCAGUAUAAAUUAUAAAUUUUUAAUCAAGAAAAUGAGAAUAACAUUACGUGUACUAGUUAUAUUAUAUCACUGUAAUAGCUGCAAGGAGUAUCUGUUAACAAAGAUUUGUUGUUAAACUACAUAAAAAUGGAAAAUAUACGUAAAUAUUUUAUUUCA